AUGGGGUUCCGUUGGCUAUUCCUAUUUCUUUGCGCAAUUUAUGUUGAUUUUGUCCAUAGCGCUGCGAGUUGCCCAGGAUACAAAGCCAGCAAUGUGAAAUUAAAUCAUGGAGCAAUUGUCAGUGCCGACCUUACACUCGCUGGCACAGCAUGCAAUAUUUAUGGCACCGAUUUACACGACCUCAAACUAGAAGUAGAGUAUCAAACAGAGUCUCGUGUGCAUGUCAAGAUUUAUGACGCAGCCGAACAGGUCUACCAAGUCCCUGAGUCAGUUGUUUCUCGACCGAAUAGCACAACAGUUGACCCUUCGAAAUCAGACCUAGAAGUGAAGGUUGUUCAGAAUCCAUUUUCGUUCAAGAUAACCCGUCGAUCAAACAAUGAGGUUCUCUUUGACACUUCUGGCCAUGCCUUGGUCUUUGAGUCUCAGUACCUUGGUCUCCGCACGGCUUUGCCAGACUCACCGAAUUUAUACGGCCUGGGGGAGAGUACCGACUCAAUGCGCCUUCAAACUGAAAACUACCAACGCACAUUAUGGUCCCGAGAUGCUUACCUCACCCCUCAGUAUACCAAUCUAUACGGCAAUCAUCCUAUCUACUUCGAUCAUCGUGGUCAGAAGGGUACACAUGGAGUAUUUCUUUUGAACAGCAAUGGUAUGGAUAUCAAACUGGACCGAGACUCUGAUGGCCAGUACCUCGAAUACAAAACCCUAGGUGGUGUUUUUGAUUUCUACUUCCUAGCUGGUUCUACUCCGAAAGAUGUUUCAGUUCAAUAUUCCGAGGUGGUUGGAAAAGCUGUGAUGAUGCCGUACUGGGGUCUUGGUUUCCAUAACUGCAGAUAUGGGUAUCAGGAUAUUUUCGAGGUUGCCGAGGUCAUAGCAAACUAUAGCGCUGCGAACAUUCCACUUGAAACUCAAUGGACCGACAUAGACUACAUGGACCUAAGAAAAGUUUUCACAUUGGACCCUAUACGGUAUCCCUUGCAUCUUGUUCGCGAAGUGGUCUCGUAUCUACAUGCCCAUAGCCAGCAUUAUAUUAUGAUGGUUGACCCUGCGGUGGCUUAUGCUGAAUAUCCACCAUUCACCCAAGGUGUUAAGGAUGGCGCAUUCUUAACCCAGAACGGAACUGUCUAUCAAGGGGUCGUCUGGCCUGGUGUAACCGCGUUCCCUGAUUGGUUCGCCCCAAAGAUCCAAGAGUACUGGAACAACCAAUUCUCCACCUUCUUUGACGCAGAUAGUGGAGUGGAUAUAGAUGCCCUAUGGAUCGACAUGAACGAAGCUUCGAAUUUCUGCGACUGGCCAUGCACAGAUCCAGCAGCUUUUGCAGUAGAAAACGACGACCCUCCUAAUCCUCCUGCGGCUCGACUGUCAGCACCACGACCGAUUGCCGGGUUUGGGUCCGACUUUCAACCCACUUGUGUUGCUCAGGUUUCCUUCAGUGUCGACGCCGAAACGUACUUGGGAGAGAAUAUCUACAUCCUAGGUGGCUCCCCCACGCUGGGAGAAUGGGACAGCCAUAAUGCAGUGGCAAUGAGUGCAGAUAACUACCCUGAGUGGCAGGUUACUGUCCAAAUGCCAGCAAAUGGAACAUCUAGCUACCAGUAUAUUCGAAGAGAAUCAGACGGCAGUUGGAUUUACGAGAGCAAAAAUCGCACAAUCACCACAGGCGACUGCAACAGUGGCAUUCAGGCCGUUUCUGACAAUAUAACUACGAGUUCGGGGUCACAAAAAAGGUCAUUACAUCAUCCUUCGCUGCCAAUUGUCCAUGCAAAGUCGAAUCACGUUCUCCAGAGCCGAGACGGUUCCAGCAUGGGCUUACCAGGAAGAGAUUUGAUCGAUCCACCAUACCAAAUCAACAACACUGCCGGGUCAAUCAGUAACCUGACUAUCCGCACGGAUCUCACCCAUGCAAACGGUCUGAAACUGUAUGAUACACACAAUUUCUACGGUAGUAUGAUGAGCUCAGCUAGUCGCGACGCGAUGCUCAACCGAAGGCCGUCUGUACGGCCCCUAGUUAUCACUCGAUCAACGUUCGCCGGCGCUGGAAGCAAAGUCGGUCAUUGGACAGGCGAUAACAAUGCCGAUUGGGAUCACUACCGUUGGACAAUUGCCGAACUUCAAGAAUUUGUGGCUCUCUACCAGAUACCUAUGGUUGGAAGUGAUAUCUGCGGUUAUGCAGGCGUUACGACUGACACUCUGUGCUCUCGAUGGACAUUCCUUGGCGCAUUCUCACCCUUUUUCCGUGACCACCAGUCAAACGAUGAGAUACCGCAUGAGCUUUACAGAAGCCCCAUGGUUGCUGCAGCUGCUAGAGCUGCAAUCGACAUUCGUUACCGCCUACUUGACUAUAUCUACACUGCGAUGUGGAAACAGACAGAGACUGGAGUUCCAAUGCUGAGCCCGAUGUUCUUUCAGUAUCCCUUCGACGAGAAUACAGUAGAUUUGCCAUCUCAAUUCUUCUGGGGCCCAGAUAUACUGGUUGCACCUGUUACGGAGGAGAAUUCAACCUCUGUAUCCGUCUAUUUGCCUAAAGAUCUAUUUUACGAUUUCUAUACUGGUGCCCCAACGGAAGGACAAGGGAAGGAGGUCACGCUGAAUGGAAUCGGAUAUGACACCAUUCCGUUAUUCUAUAGAGGAGGCAGCAUUGUCCCGCAGCGUAUAUCAUCGGCAAAUACUACAGCGCAGCUACGCGAGCAAAAUAUUGAGAUUGUCAUUGCACCAAACAAGGCUGGGCAUGCAUCAGGUGUGUUAUAUCUUGACGACGGCGACAGCAUUGAGCAGCCCCAUACGUCCGUUAUUCACUUCAACUAUGCCAGCAAAGAGUUUUCGAUGGAUGGGGAGUUCGGAUACAACGUUGGAAAGGUGGUGAUUGGCCAGAUUACCGUUCUAGGUGAUCACGUACAAAGACACACAACCAAUAUCAAGUUAACGGGGAAACACUCUACAAAGCUCAACUAG